CAGUCCUCCUCGUGCCCCCCAGCACAUGCAUGCACUGAAGGUCGGAUCCGUCUGCAGAUGACACCUGUGGGCUUCCAAUAAAACUUGAGCGGGGGCAUGGCGGGAGCUACCUUGUCAACCUGUCUUCCUUACCGACCAUAGCUGGCAUGCUCGGUUGGUUACCUGCGUUACCUUCCUUUCACGGGAACGGCCUAUUCUCAAGCUGCUCAAAGACCAACAAUCCUCAAAACCUCAUUGCUCUCACCCCGUCCUCGCCCUCUUCCUUUGCUUUGCGCUGGCACAAGGCACCCCGUGCACCCCAUCGACGGCACUGACAUCAUUUUGUUAGAGAUGCGAAUAGACACAUAGCUGCCAUCUUGGGCCAUUUUACGAGCCAUCAUCCCUGUUCUCCUACUCCAUUUAUGGCAUAAAUCUGUCCCGCGUGCCACAACCAGGGAUCUCUUUCCUCUGAUAUCGGGUUUCAAGAUCGCUUCCACUACUUAAUGCCGCCUUGAUAACAUCAGACCAGGUACGUUUGCUUGUCAGCCCCAAGUCGGCGCCUGAAAAUCCCUUCUUUCUCAUCUCCAGGAAGUCAAACUGACCAAGAAAAUGGCUUCCAGCAUCGUCGAAACUAUGGCGUCAACCGGCCCCUCCAAAUCCCCAGCAGCUCGUCCAAAUACGAUACGAGCGCCUUCCUUCACUCGUCAGAGCGAAGACAGCGAUCCUCUCCGAGUCCCGAAACGAGCUCAAACAUUCCAGAAUGGCGCUGCGGCCGACCCGUUGACGACGACGACGACAACGACGCCGACCGUCGCCAGCAAGGUCCAGCAGAAGCCAGCAGACGAGCCCGAGGGCCCUGAUGCUUUCGAGACUGCUGGAAGGCCUUCAACAGAUAACGACGAUGGAUUCGACGGCAGAGGCUCUGUGGACCUGGGUGAGCUUCCGAUUGAGCUAGUUAGUCUGACUGACAGCUUCGUCGAGACUCUCAGCUCGAAAAGUCACCCGGCGCCUCUGACCAUCGACAAUGUUUCUGCAUUAUUCCAGAGUUUCUACGAAACCGCAUCCACACACGUCAACACACACAUCUCUAGUCUGAUCACACGGCAUAAUCGGGAUGCAUCGCCUGCGCCGUCCGCGUCAUCCAAGGUCUCCACAGCUAGCAGGCUUCGAGCCAAGGCGGCUUCCCUCGGAAGCAAGGAUAAACCCAAAAAUCUCCCCAAACCAGAGCCGGAGCAGCAAAUGAUUACUGCCGAAGAACUCGCCAACAAGAAGAAGGCGCGGAAAGCAAUCGAAGCCAAGCGUGGCAUCAUCGAAGAGGCAGUGGAGCGCAGGCUGUGCGAAGGUAUCUACGACAAGAUCUACCGCCACAAGAGCACCCAGGACGAAGCGCAGGAUUCAAAGCUGCGAUCAAAGACCGCGGCACUCGCGCUGGUCGGCAUUGGACCGGCCGACCUGGGAAUCGAUCUUGGCGACGAUGCAUCUCAGACACCUGAAGCCGCUGCGGAAAAGGUUGAAGAGAUCAAGAAAUCGCUUGAGCAGGCUAGAAGAGACUUGAUUCUCAUGAAUGAGAAGCGAUACCCGCUCGGCAAGGUACACCACUUGAAAGCGGCACACAAGGAUAUUGUCGAGACUCUGGCGCAGUUCCACCCGUCUGCAUCCGCAGAUGAGAUUAUGCCUAUGCUCAUCUUCACCCUCAUCACGCUUCCUCCUGAACAUCUCAACGUUAUUAGCGACCUGCACUUUAUUCAGCACUUUAGAUGGGAGCCGAAAUUGACGGGCGAGGCUGCAUACUGCUUGACGAAUUUGGAAGCAGCCAUCAGCUUUUUGGAGACAGUCGAUCUGUCUACACUGAGGGCCGAUGAGUUACCCCAGGGUCCUGCCAGAGGUAUCAGCCAGCCGGGUACUCCGCGGGCUGAGACAUUCCCUCCGGCGUUCCCGCCUGGACUGACGGUAACGGCGGAUCCUUCGGUGGAGACCGAUUCUGGCAAUGCCACGCCAACGAGACCGCCUGCGUCUCCUUCCGCAUCGGCCGGGCUGCGUGCUGCGGUUCAAGCUCGGAAUAGAAGACUGAGCGAGCUCGUCAACACGCCUGCCCAGGCCAUUGGUGCUGCGAGUGAUGCCGUGCUCAACACGGCUGACCAGCAUAUAAAGACGAUCUCAACGAGUUUGGGUGAUAGCUACAAGUUUUUGGUGGGCAAGUUACGUGAGACACAGGGCACUCCCACCGAAUCAGGCCAGGGGCUCGUCGUGCCUAAGACGCUCGAUGAUGCUCGAAAGCUGAUGAGCACCCCGCCUCCCGAGGAGGAAGGGUCCGUCAGUGGUGCCAGCUCGGUUCAUGGCACAGAGGAGGCCGAAUCUACUCGCCGACCCCCGGUCCGCGAGGAUAAGGUGCUAAACCUCAUCGGCGGACGCAAGGUUAGUCGAGAUCAUAGCGCAGAUAGCUCGCGAAGCGUCAACAGCUCGAGGAAGGUGCUCUUUGCCAAAGAAGGGGAGAAAGAUCUGCCGACGCCAUCUCCUGGAAACGCAACCAACCCUCUGGACUCGGUGAGGAACUUUGGCAAUUCGUUCUCCCGGUUCUCCGGUAUGAGCAUGAUCAGAGGUCUGAGCCGGACCGCAUCCACGCCCAUCGUGGCGAAGGAAGCACCUAAGGAUAUGACAAAGGAUAGCCCGGCUACCAAGGUAGCUGACGGCGGCGAUCUUGCAAGCGCUUUCCCUGAUAUUGCAGCUGCGUUGCCGCCCAAGCAGAUACCAAAGAUCAGCCCGCCGAACAAGCGCUUCAUGGAGAUGCAGAACCCCGGCGACCUGAAGAUUGGUGAGGUUCUCGAGUUGCUGCGCGACUACCGGCGGCUGGCGACUACACUCAAGGACUUGGGAGCCUUUGAGGGGUCCAAGUGAGGAAACGAGGGGGGAAGUGGUUUAGAAGAAUCGUGAAGAGAUAAGAUACGGCCUAGACAAAGCUUGCUGCACUCAUUUGUAGGAUUCCUGUGGGACAUGGAUAAGCAUACUGGACAAUGGCGUUUUGAUUCUUUAUACUACUGUUUUCUGCAAACAAAAGUCUGGCAAGCCAUUCUGGGUGGGGAUGGCUCUGCCCGAGCUUGAGAUCCGUACCAAGCAGGGUGAGGGAUCGCAACAUUCGGACUUGGGUGUUUCAGAGAAGGCCGAAUACACACAGAGAGGUACAAAUGCACACACACACACACUACACAAUGGAAAA